GUAGCUUAUCCUACUUACAACCUGACGGACGCAUCGAACUUGCCUGGACCAAAAAACAACGCACUUAUCCACACUAGCCAAUAGAAUUUCAACAUAAGAAUUGCUUUUGUAAUCGCUUUUAUAUAUUUAGGCUAUACAAUAAAGUACAUUACAAGACAGCGGUCUAUAGCUAACAACAUCCUAAACCAACUACAUUCUGGAUAGAGGAGCUGACUGAGGAAGAGUAAUUUGCAGCAAGAUUGUAUGCGUGUACAUCGAAUAGAAAUCACAUUUUAAUAAAGUUUUGUGAUAGAAGUGAACACUUUCUCUUACGCACAGACACAGGUCAUCUCUCUCGCUUCGCUGACUCAUAGCCUACACAGAACCCAGGACCAUGUCGGAGUACAGCUCUUUGCUCAGCGACCUGUCUGAAAACAUCACCAAUGAGGACUUGGACCAGCUGAAGUCUGCCUGCAAGGAGGACAUCACAGAGGACCAGAGCAACACCAUCACCUCCUCCAAGGAGUGGUUCAACUACCUGGAGGAGAACCAAAAGCUGGCACAGGAUAACCUGUCGUACAUUGAGCAUAUCUUUGAGAUCUCACGGCGACCAGACCUGCUGACCCGUGUCAUCGAGUACCGCACCACGGUUCUCAAGAUCUCUGAGGACGAUGAGAUCGACACCAAGCUCACACGCAUCCCCUCUGCCAAGAAAUACAAAGAUAUCAUUCGCCAACCCUCUGAAGACGAGAUAAUCAAGCUGGCUCCUCCCCCUAAAAAAGUGUGAGGUCUACACCUCUGACCUUUGCACUUAGACCCCUGGCACUCCAACCAUCUCGACCCCCCUCCUCCUCCCGCCUCCCCCCAGUUCCACUAACACAAACCAUAUUACACAGAGAUGCUAGCAACACCUCUCCAAUCAACCAAUCAGAUCGCCAUGAUGCUUCACCGCCCCUUUAUCCAAGGCUAAGGAAGAGCUGAAGAUGAAAGAUGGAGAGAAUGAAUCCCCCUUGUUAAAAGAUGUGUUGGUCAGUUUAGAGCUUGUGUACGUACCUGUACUAGUAACACUGUUUUAAGAAAAUGUGUAAGUGUGUGUCUGAAUGCGUGUCCGUGUGCGCGCGUGUGUGUGCGUGUGUG